AUGGCGCCUAUGCACAAGACACCCAGCGAAGAAGAAAUCGCAAACACGCUCGGUAACCUUGAACUCUCGACGUCACACCCACAGAAAACUGCGCAGAAGCCCAAAUCCAAGCCCGUGGCAGAUAGCUGGGAAGCCGAACUCAGUGGCUCGGAUACCGAAACCGAAGAUGUAGACUCGGGCAAGUCAGAAGCAAAGGGUUCACCACACGAUUCUUUACAACCACUGUCUACAUCCACGUCUCGCGAUAUCCCGCCAAACCCGCCGCCGCCUACACCCGCUAGUCCGACGCAGUUUGAGUACCCGGAUAAUGUGCCGUAUAGCUUGAACUCGAAUCUGAGCGAUAGCGGGAGUAGGAGCUCGAGCAGAGGGGGUGGCAGUCUGGACAAGCGACCAGAGAAGACAACGGCGGUAGCUGGCAGGCUGAUUGCAGGUGCCUUGGGUGUUAGGGCACCGAAGAGGACGGAUGAGGAGAGGGAAUAUGAUCGUGCUAUGAGGGAGAAGGAGAGGAAGAGGAGGAACGAGGAGAGGGAAAGGGAGAAGAAGGAGGCUGAGGAGAGGGAAGCGAGGAAGAAGGCUGUUUGGGAUGAUUAG